ACUCGUACGUUUCCAUUUUGUGAGCGCUGUGAAAACCGGACACCAGCGUCCCGUCGUCCCUGUUGAAAAGGCCGAAGAUCGACAAAAAGUAGUCACAGUUAGCCGACGAACCGCUCGCUAACCAAGUUAUUAUCCGAAAGGAAAGCAAAUCUUAUCGUAUGUCCACUAUCCAGAACCUCCAAUCUUUUGACCCCUUUGCUGAUGCAAGUAAGGGUGAUGACCGCCUCCCAGCCGGGACAGAGGACUACAUCCACAUAAGAAUCCAACAGAGGAACGGCAGGAAGACCCUCACCACUGUCCAGGGCAUCUCCGCCGACUAUGACAAGAAGAAGCUAGUCAAGGCCUUCAAGAAGAAGUUUGCCUGCAAUGGGACAGUGAUUGAGCACCCAGAGUAUGGUGAAGUGAUCCAGCUGCAGGGAGACCAGCGCAAGAAUAUCUGCCAGCUCCUCACUGAGGUCGGUUUGGCCAAGGAGGAGCAGCUCAAAGUCCACGGCUUCUAAAAGCUGUUUGCAGCCCUCUCCCCCCAUCUCUCCUGGAAGGCCAUUAAACCCCCCCCCUUCCCUCCUCUGUCCCGACCCCUCCCCCCUUCAUCCUAUGUGCUGCUGUUGCUCUUCCUCCCCCCUCUCCCCCUCCACCAGCUCCUCUUAGCUAAACACGUGAAUUACCUCUGACAAGCAUGGGACUCUGUAACACUUCGGCCCCCCCGCAGCACCGACACCGCCACCAGGGGGCGGCGGCCUCGCUUCGGCAAAGCCCACACGCCACUGCAGCGUCACACGACAUCAGGGACGAGUGGUGAUGACGACGGACCCCCCCCUCCCCCACACACACUCGACGCUUCCUGUUCCCCCAUGUUUAUUUCCUUUUUAAAUUUUUUUUUUCUUUUUAGGUCUCGUGCCACGAUGAGGAAGGCACCGUUUCAUGUAACGUUUUUUGUUUUGUACUUCAAGGUGUUUCAAUAAAACGAUGAGUCUCCAUAUGUUGGAGUGGAGUGGUUGUCAUGGGGGGGUGUCACGGGGGUUUUAACGUCCAUGUCCAUCCUGGUCUCAGGUCCCAGAGCCGUAGAUUUGAACAUGAAUCCAUUUGUCAGACCAGUCGCGUUCAUCCAUGGUUCAUCUUUUUUGGUUGGAUGGAGUAAAUCUGGGUCGUUUUCUAUGUAACCACAUGACAAAACGACCUGGUGACGCCAACGCUCUGACCUUUAAUACGAUCCAACAGUAACAUCAGCCUUUUUUUUUUUUGUUUGUUUUUUAUUUACUCAACUUUCCUGCUCUGGCACUUUACCCACACUCCCUAAACCUGCAUCAUCACGGACACUUGAAUCUAAUAAUUUGUUUUUAUUAAUGCAAUAAUUCUAAACAGGAGUGGAGGUGCAGGAAUGCUGGCGUGUCCUCAGUACAGUUUUUCUUCAACCUUUAAAGCCAUGGCGAGGCCACACUGUGCUUCUGUGAGUGAACACAAUGACGAGCAAAGUCUGUUUGGAAAAAGUCCAUAUGUGGGUGAAUAAAGUUUCUGCAGUUGA